CAAUUUUAUUGUUCGAGUGUUGAAAUAUUGUGUAUUGGCACAAUAAAUCUAUAAAUAAUUUAGUGAAUAAAUUAGUUUUUUUUUUUAAUAUUUGAAUUUUCAUAAAAAUAUAUGAAAUAGUAUUUUAAAUUGGAGGUUAGUUGCAGAAGAAAAAUGGAAGAUAUAAAAGCAGAAGAAAUGGAGCAGAGCAAUGAGAGUGACGAUUCAAUGGAUGAGGAUGCUGAUGAUGUAGAGGAGGAAGUGGAAGACGAAGAAAAUGAAGGUGAUGUUAAUAAAGAAAGUGAAGUUUACUUACCAGGUAAACCUCUGGAAAAAGAUGAGCAAUUGGUCGUCGAUGAAUCGGCUUAUCGUAUGCUACAUAGUGCGCAAACUGGAGCUCCCUGUUUGAGUUUCGAUGUAAUUCUCGAUGAUCUUGGAUCCUCGCGUGAACAUUAUCCGCUGUCUAUGUAUCUACUGGCGGGAACUCAAGCUGCCAAAACGCAUUUGAACAAUCUUCUAGUAAUGAAGAUAACAAAUUUAACUGGUACCAAUAAAAGUAAAGAGAGUGAUGACGAAUCAAGUGAUUCCGAAGACGAGGAUGCUGAUGAUGGUCCAAAGAUGAGUGUCGCUUCUAUAAAACAUCAGGGAUGUGUUAAUAGAGUUCGUUGUACUCAAUUGUCAGGUGCGACCUUCGCUGCGAGCUGGAGCGAGUUGGGUAGAGUUAACUUGUGGGAUUUAGACGAGCAGUUGAGGGCAUUAGAGAGCCCAGCAACUUUGACGGCUUAUAAUAAAAAGGCUGAGAAACUUGCCGAGGGUCCGAAACCUUUCUUUACAUUCAAAGGUCACUUGGCUGAAGGAUAUGGACUCGACUGGUGUCCUACGGAACCUGGUACACUGGCUUCCGGAGACUGUAAAGGAAACAUUCAUCUUUGGCGACCUAGCAAUGCCUCUUGGAAUGUUGAUCAGCGACCUUAUAAUUCACAUGCUCCGCACAGUGUUGAAGAUAUCCAGUGGUCGCCUAGUGAGAAAAAUGUCUUAGCUUCUUGCUCUGUAGAUAAAAGCAUUAAAAUUUGGGAUACGAGAGUAAGUCCGCAGUCGGCAUGCAUGUUGACCGCAUCAGGCGCUCAUUCAGCAGACGUAAACGUCAUCUCUUGGAACAAAAAAGAAAGCUGUUUCAUAGUAUCCGGAGGCGACGAUGGUGCUGUUAAAAUUUGGGAUUUGCGGCAGUUUUCAAAUAAAUCUGAGCCCAUUAGUCCUGUGGCAACAUUCAAACAACAUCUGACAGCAGUUACGACUGUCGAGUGGCAUCCAGAUGAAUCGGCAGUAUUCGCAUCCGGUGGAGCUGAUGAUCAAAUUGAUCAGUGGGAUCUUUCUGUUGAGUCAGACUCAUCAAACACCGGUGAUAAUGAAUUAGCAAAUUUACCACCGCAAUUAAUGUUUAUUCAUCAAGGUCAAUCAGAUGUUAAAGAAUUACACUGGCAUCCUCAGUGUCCUGGUACAUUGAUAUCAACAGCUCAUUCUGGUUUUAAUAUCUUUCGUACUAUUAGUGUUUAAAAUAAAUUAUUUUUAUAAUUAUUGUUACUAUUAAUAUUGAUAUUAAGAAUUAUGUAAGAGCUUCAGAGAUAAUAAAUGUCUUAUGGUGGGUCUACCAUGUGGACAGUUCCAUGGAUUUUCCAUUUGACUCAUUUGCGUUAGUAAACGUUCCA